AUGUCGAAGUGUACGCCGUGCAUCCAGAAGACACUGCUUGCCCUGCUGGCGGUCCUUUCGAUGGCCACAGGUGUGUUUAUUUCUUACAAGGCCAUUCAUGAAAAACCGAAGCCAAACUUUGAGUACUUUAGCAGCCUCUCGCUGACCGACGCUCGCACCGUCCUCGGCCUCGAUCCGCAAAGUCGCUGGAUUCCCGGCCAGGCUGCAUGGACAGAGAAGGCGGAGCAUUUUUUCCUGCUGCUUAUCUACGUGUUUAAGCUGAUGGGCUCGCAGAACGUGGGCCGUGGUGGCUUCAUGUUCAUUAUGUCGAUGUCGAUGCCCAUCAUGAUGUUCACCAUGGUGCAGUCGAUAAAGCCAGACACCAACGUCCUGUUGCGCGGUGUGGCUAUCACGUUGGUGUACUUGUUGGGACAGCUGAUUUGUGUUGGUGCGGCUGUCCCGCUUGUGUACUUGCCCCUUUUCAUCUUUGUUCGUGCGAUGAACUUGAGCAAAGUGUACCCUGAUCGUGCGUUUGGUGAGAAGGCGCCGGGUGUGAUCAAGCUCGUGAAUAUGGUGGCAGGUGCACCGGCGAUUCUUUCGUUCGUGAUCCCUGUGAACCACUGGGCAUGGAUGCCGAUCAAUGUCGUAUUCCAAGUAUUCCCGCUGGUCUUCUUGGGUCUGUCUCUCUACCUGUUUAUGGUCGGCCCACAGCGCUCGGUCACGUCAAGCAAGGUCUCUGUGCUUUACGAGGACAAUAUGCUUAUGUCGAUGGUCAUCUACUGGUACUCCCUGUACAAGCUGGUGCCGUUCUUACGCAUGUACAGGCGUGGUGAGCCCAUUGCGCUAAACGACGGUGAGAAGCUGAUUCUGUGGGACUCGCUGGGUAUGUUCCUGACUCUUAUCUACUUUGUCCUUGUCGAUAUGAUUGCCGACAUCCAGCUGAAGAACGAGACUGGUAAGCCGCUGCAUAGCGCCUCGCCUGUGAAGUGGAUCUUGGGCACGAUCAAGAGCACGCUGAUGGCUCUGGUUGUCGGCCCUGGUGCCGUGAUGGAUAUCUACCUAGCCGCGCGCGAGGACACAGCCACACCCUUGCAUGCCUCUGCUACAGUGCGCAAGCGCCAGUAA